CUACUAUGAAACACGCACAAAAGAGAAAAUGGAGAGCACACAGAGAAAGUUGAGCUUGUUGGUAUUUUGUUUCCUUGUGGGAAUGAUGUUAGUGAGUGGUCAGAGUGCAAACGGUGUAAGGUCAACGUACCACCUUUACAACCCUCAGAAUAUUAAUUGGGAUUACAACAGAGCCAGUGUAUACUGUGCUACCUGGGAUGCAAACCAGCCCUUGGAAUGGCGUAAAAAGUAUGGUUGGACUGCCUUUUGUGGACCCCAGGGCCCUCGUGGUAGAGACUCUUGCGGCAAGUGUUUGAGGGUGAAAAAUACUGCAACUGGAGCUCAGGAAACAGUGAGAAUAGUGGAUCAGUGCGCCAAUGGUGGACUUGACUUAGAUGUGAAUGUCUUCAAACGAAUUGAUACCAAUGGACAGGGUUACCAGAAGGGUCACCUUAUAGUUGAUUAUGUCUUUGUUAAUUGUUAAUUAACGCGAAUGAAUCCCUCUUUGGGAUGAUAAUAAAUUAUAUUACUGCCUCCUUCAAGAAAAAGUUAUACACUGCCUAAUAAUACUAUAAAUAAAACAAGCAGUGCUACAUGUAUACUUGGAUGAAUCUAUAUUCUUGGGUCUUAGUACUUAUUUAUCAUUUACUAUAUAUAACUUGCUAUUUUGGA